AUGGUGUAUCCAGUGAUUGAGUAUCCUGCAGAAGAAGAAGAAGAAUCUGAAAAAGAGCAACAAGCUGAACAACAUCAUGCUGAAGAGAUUCAAGUUCCUGUUGAAGAGGAACCAGUUGCUGAAAAUCAGAUGAUUCAAGCUUCUGAUAUUCCUACCUCUUUUGUUGGUCCUUCUACUUCUGUGCUGAUGAACACUCUGAAGGAUCUUCAAGUGAACCAAGCUUCAGUGUUCAAUCAGGUGAGUCGAAACCAAUUAAACAAGUUACUGUUAACGAGAAUUGCAGCAGGUACUUCCUCAAGCUUCAUGAGUGUGACCAUGAGUCAAAGCAACAGCCAUGAUGCCAUUAACAAUGACAACAACAAGCCAGAUGAUCAUGCUCACGACAUUGUGAUGCCUGGGUUUCGUUUCCACCCAACUGAAGAAGAACUCGUGGAGUUCUACCUUCGCCGUAAGGUGGAGGGCAAGCCUUUCAAUGUCGAGCUUAUUACUUUCCUUGAUCUUUAUCGCUAUGACCCUUGGGAGCUUCCUGGGUUGGCAGCAAUUGGUGAAAAGGAGUGGUACUUUUAUGUGCCCCGAGAUAGGAAGUAUCGUAACGGUGAUCGUCCAAAUCGUGUUACACCUUCUGGGUAUUGGAAAGCAACAGGAGCUGAUAGGAUGAUUCGAACAGAGAACUUCCGUUCAAUCGGGCUUAAGAAAACCCUAGUUUUCUAUUCUGGGAAAGCUCCAAAAGGCAUCCGAACAAGUUGGAUAAUGAACGAGCAUCGUUUGCCUCAACAUGAAACUCAAAGAUUAAGUCACAAGGCUGAAAUAUCACUUUGCCGUGUUUACAAGAGAGCGGGUGUGGAAGACCAUCCUCUUCCUCCCUCCAUAUCCUUCCCUCGUUGUCUCCCAUCAAGCUCAUCGUCAACAAGUUCAUAUUUGGACAAGAAACAACACCUGAACAUGGCGUUUAUGGGAAUCAGUCAUCUACAGCCACAGCCACAGGUAAUUGAUGAUCAUAUAGUUUAUAAAAUUAAUGAAAGCGACCCAACUGUUAUUCCAGGGCUAGUAGCUCCCAUAGAUCAGCAAGUACAACCUGCAGAUCCUUCUGUGUGUGGUAUUUUCAUCCCAACCAGCAGUGUUAUGGCAGAUGAUGAUCUAAACAUACUAACAAGUUAUCAACAACAAAGCUAUCCAAAUAAGUUUUCUACUUUGCUCAUGCAAUCACCUACUCUGCCUCUAAACUUGCUACCGAAUUCGCUCACAACCAUCUUCUCUGAGCGACAGUGGAAAUGGAAUAACUAUAACCCUAUCCCUGAGGCUGCAAACAGAGAGCACAGUACGUAACAUAUCCUAGCCUUCAAGUAAUAUUUAAUAAUCAAUUAAUGAUCCUUUUAUAUUUAUGAUCUGUGUGUGUUUUUUUCAUAUCAAGAUAUUGGUACGUUGUAUUUUCAUGUAUCAACAUUAAACAGACCCUUUUCCUUGCUCUAAUUUAUAUGAUUUUGGAUUCCAAUUAUAUAACUAUGUUGUACGAGUACGACUCAGGCAUGUUGGCUGCUGUACUAUAUCAGUGUACAACGAAAUAAAAAUUUAU